UCCAAAAAUGGCGUCUGCUGGUUGCAAAAAACUCAAGUAUAGUAUUCACAAAUGCUCAAGUUACACGGGAUCUUACUUACCAGAAAACAUACUCGUGGACAAACCAAGUGACCAGUAUUCAAGAUGGUCUUCCGAUUCCAAUUACCCACCACAGUUUCUGAUCCUGAAACUGGAGCGGCCUGCAAUAGUUCAGACCAUAACAUUCGGCAAGUACGAGAAGACCCACGUGUGCAACAUGAAGAAGUUCAAAGUCUACGGCGGCCUGACUGAUGACCACAUGCUCGAGCUCCUUGACAGUGGACUCAAGAAUGAUCACCUGACGGAAACAUUCACUCUGAAGCACUCCAUAAAUGGCAACCAGUUCCCUUCACGCUACAUCAAAAUCGUGCCCAUCCAGUCUUGGGGCCCCAGUUUCAACUUCAGCAUAUGGCAUGUCGAGCUGCAAGGAAACGAGGACAGAGACCUGGUGCUGUCCUCGUUACGGUGGUUCAGCACGUACCGGGAGAAAGAGGCCAUCCGCCUGUGCCUCAAGCACUUCAGGCAGAAGAACUACUCGGAGGCCUUCGAGUCCCUUCAGAAGAGGACCAAGGUGCAGCUGGAGGACGCUCUACUGACAAAGUUGCACAAUCUCUUGGUGGAGAAAGGUGACUUUGCUGCUUGUGAACAGCUGCUAGAAAAGGCAGCUAAUGAGGGUGUCUUCAACGAAUACUUGAAGAAUGAGGAGUACAGGCCAAGGUGGACACCAAUUCUUUGUACCGACAAACCGGAAGGCAAGAAUCGUCCUGGAAUGCGCGGCGGCCACCAGAUGUGCAUCGAUGUGCAAACAGAAACAUUGUACCUGUUUGGUGGAUGGGACGGCAUCCAGGACCUUGCGGACCUGUGGUCAUACCAGACAUCAACAGGCGUGUGGACGUGCUUGUCUAGGGACACCGAAGCAGAGGGUGGCCCCAGCGCACGUUCCUGCCACAAGAUGUGCCUGGACCCAGAACGUAAGAAGAUUUUCACAUUAGGCCGCUACCUGGACUCCUCUGCGAGAAGCACCGACUGCCUUAAGAGUGACUUUUACGUGUACGACAUCGAGAGGAACAAGUGGACCCUCAUCACGGAUGACACUGCGGCAAUGGGUGGCCCCAAGCUUAUCUUCGACCAUCAGAUGUGCAUGGACGUGGAGAGGAACACCAUCUAUGUCUUUGGGGGCAAGAUCCUCACAAGUUCUCUUGCUGUGGAGGACAGAGCACUUGAGACUGUAUUCAGUGGACUGUUCACGUACCACGUGCCAACCAACACGUGGCACAAGCUUCGCGAUGAUUCGUCCAGCAAUGGCCUUCAAGACGUUCGAGCGAGAAUAGGACACUCCAUGCUGUUUCAUGAGAAAUCUCGCCUGCUGUACAUUUUUGCUGGGCAGCGCUCCAAGGAGUACUUGACGGACUUCUUCACAUACAAUGUGGAUACAGACCAGAUGAACAUCCUCUGUGAUGGCCAGAAAGUGGAAGUGCCAGCGGCGGGGUUCACGCAGCGAGCAACCAUUGACCCCGAGCUGAACGAGAUCCACGUGCUGUCGGGGUCAAACAAGGACAAGGAAAAGCGUGAAGACAACGUCAAGAACUCCUUCUGGAUCUACGAUAUCAACCAGAACAAAUGGUCGUGCAUCUACCACAGUGACUACGGUCAACAGGCAGCAUCGAAGCAAAGCAUGCAGGAACCCUGUCCUCGGUUUGCUCAUCAACUUGUCUACGAUCACGUCAAAAAGGUCCACUACCUUUUCGGCGGAAAUCCAGGUCGACCGAACUCUCCAAAAGUCAGGCUAGAUGACUUUUGGUCAUUGCAGCUGUGUCGGCCGUCCAAGGAGCAGCUGUUGAGGCGAUGCAGGCAACUAGUGAGGCAGCACUGCUUUCGCGAGAUCACCUUCGAGAAUCCUCUGGCAGCACUUCAGUACCUGCAGACGGAGCUGGCUGACACGGUGGACCACUCUAACAUUGAGGAAGAGAGACAGUUUCAACUGCAAGCGUCUAGUCUCUUCAAGCGCCCCGACACGGACCCUGAUGAGAUGACAACGGCAGCUCCUCUAGGAGACGUAGGUGACCCCGACUACAAGUUUCACUUACGCACGAGUCUCUUCGACAUGAUCGUGGAGUUCUUCCCCGAGUCCAUGACAGCAACCAAAGGGAAACUUGGUCGACCUGGUGCUGCUAUGAGGCCUUAUGUGAAUGAUCAAAUGAUUGGCCACCAGGCUGUCGAGUGGCCGUGGUUAAGAACGCUGAGGUGUGCGGUGUCGAUAAAGCAAGCUGUGGUGUGUGCGAAUGCUAGUCCAGUGUUUCCGCCCGUUGUGCAAGCUGUGCCGAAGGAGGACUGGCCCGUCGAGGUCCGCUUCUGUGAAAGAACGCACUUGAUCCGGUUUCAGUGCCUCCCGUGGACUUCUCUUCUUGCAGGGUGCAUGCGUGUGUCAAAGUCUGUGCUUGUUCAGCGUCUCUCUUAUUUUACAAGUAGUGGUUCGUUCAUCUCAUUUCGUGUUUCGCGUUUUAGGAUUCCAAAGACAUUUUGUUGUGUUUUAUAGAAAGGGCGGCUUUUAACUCUGCUUUUUAACCAUUACGCAUAACCGUAGCCAAAAUUUUUACCCAUGUGGGAGAAGCUCGAGGGUUGCUUUGCAUUGUGCUUUGUCGAGCAAGCCGGUGAACUUUAUAAAGAGGGAGUGUUGAUCACUGUAAAUACGUCUGUGUCUUACACGCCCUCAAUCACUGUGGCUGAGACGAUUAUAAGUAACCUAAGUAAGCGCACAAACAUGUAGCGACUAUCGACGUUAAGAUUGCCACUGAAAUUCAUUCUCCUUCGUACCUACGUAGCCGACAAUUCCAGUCUGCAUUUUUAAAUCGUCGUGUGUCUACAAACUUAAUUUGAUGUUUGUUGUAGUUUGCCGGAGGACAGUUGAUAGGUUAAGUGAGUAAGAGCUUACGGUGAAAGCAAUUUUGAGGCUGGUGUAGAGAAGGUUGCACAUACAGAUAUCUGCACAUUAAACUAAAGCCUUUCAUCUGUACUUAAAUAAGUGUUCUUCAGAGUGGAAAGCUAAUCCUUAAAGUACAAUGGCUGCAUACUCGUUGCAGCCAAUGGCUAAUAUACCGAGUUGGCCUGAGCAAUAUUUGAACGCUGCAGAAUCGAAGGAGCCAGUUAUCAACUUGAGAUCUCGAGGUGUGGCGUUCCUGUAUGUUGCAUGUGUACAGCCCCACCAUCUCCACAUGCUCUGCCUAUCAUGAUGCUGCCCUGUUGCGGCAAGUUGUUUUUUUCUGAGCCAAAAUAAAAAGUCACUAUAUCUUGCCAGCA